ACUUCGCUUAUUCGCUAGCUGUCAAAUAUCGUCAGUUUUUAGAAAAGGCGUAAAGAAUUUUACUUUAUUUGGAAUAAAAUAACUCAGUGACUUUUCAAAAAUGUUGGCGUUAAUUAAUCGCAUCCUUGAUUGGAUUAAAAGUUUAUUUUGGAAGGAAGAGAUGGAACUUACGUUAGUUGGAUUACAAUAUUCUGGGAAAACAACUUUUGUGAACGUCAUUGCCUCAGGACAGUUUAGUGAAGAUAUGAUACCAACUGUAGGGUUCAACAUGCGAAAAAUCACAAAAGGAAAUGUCACUAUUAAGGUAUGGGACAUUGGGGGCCAGCCCAGGUUCCGGUCCAUGUGGGAAAGAUAUUGUAGAGGUGUAAAUGCUAUUGUAUACAUGGUAGACGCAGCGGACCCAGACAAGAUCGAGGCCUCCCGAAAUGAGCUGCACAGCCUUCUGGAGAAGCAGCAGCUCACUGGUAUACCGGUGCUUGUUUUGGGCAAUAAGCGAGACCUGCCACAUGCUUUGGACGAGCACGGUCUUAUUGAGCGAAUGAAUCUCUCCGCAAUCCAGGACCGUGAAAUAUGUUGUUAUUCAAUCUCGUGUAAGGAGAAGGACAAUAUCGAUAUAACGCUACAGUGGCUGAUCGCGCACAGUAAGUCGGGCAGCGCGCGCUAAUCAAGCAAUAUUCAACUCUAACGCAAGUCAUCCGGAACACUUAAGGCGUAGUUUCGCCUGCACUGGCGUCGACCGCUUUAUUAGCAGAUUUGUAAGUAACAUGCACCUUUGGCCUAAACGGGACUUCGCCCAUACGCCAGAUCUUCAAAUUCCAAUAUCAAAAUGUGAUUAUGUAUUGUAAGUUAAGUGUCUAGUUGGUCACCAAUAUACAUGUGUGCUAAAAUAUCUCUCAAAUAUAUUAAUUAAUACUGCUUAUGUAUUGAUGUACCUAUGUUUUUUUGUCCAAUACCCUAAAGCCCAAGUGGUUUCUACUUAUUUAAUUCCAUUUUCUUCAAUGUCUUAUAAAAUAAAUGCUUAAAUCCAAUGUAAAAAUAUUGGUGACACAACACAAGAAAUUAAUUGAGACCUGAUGGUCAACUUUAAAGAUUUCUUUAGCUAGUACCUUAAUCUCUUAUCGAAUAGUUAUUAGAGGUUUGAAUUUAACCUUAAGCCUAGUCGAAUAAACAAUCGUUGAAAAAUUUCAGACUACCCACAUUUUUUCACUUAACUUCGCCUUAACGCGUGUCAAUCGGAGCCGACUUGUUACUGCGUAUUGCUAAUUAAAUAAAUUAGAACUUCGCCAAAACACUUAUCGUUUGCAAGUUACGCUAUUAUAUUAAGAGUAUAUAUUGUAGGUUGUUAAUCGUUUGCAGCUGAAGUGUUUGAUACGUGUUUUGGCAAAUUGUUGGCUUUCACACCGAAUUAUAAGUCUACGGCCUCUGAAUGAUUUCAGCCAAUAUUUACGAUACGUUAAAAGUAAUAUGAGUCAUAUAGUUUCAUCAAAAAGUGUUAACACCAAAAAAUUAUGUACUUGUUUAUCAAUACAUUUUUUCUAAACAUCAAAAGGGCUAAUAAGGCACAUAAUGAAAGUUAUAAUUCGAUGUGAAAAUUGUUCGAAUUCAUUUAGAUUGUAUAAAGUAAUUACCUUAGCUUGAGUGAGUGCACUCUCUUAUAUUUUCGUGUAAUACGUAUCAUUUUGAUAACACAGCUGUGAAAGCGAUAUAUGAAGUUGAUGUAUAAUUGUUUAUAACAAUUAUAAAAAAAUGUGGCAACUUUAAAUAAAUUUAUGUCAAACAAUUUCAUCUCAUUCGAUUUUUGUGCAUUAGUUUUACAUUUUUAUUUCGCCAUUUUUUUUCCUGUAAUUUCUCUUUUGCGGACCCCUGUCCUAUUGAUAGACAACUUAGAGCAAAUUUAAUAAAUGAGAAAAAUACUAAUAGAAAAUUAAUUGUAUAUUGAUACAUAAAUAUAUUUAGGGCUUUUCUCGACUAAUCGAAUAAAGUAUCACAUAAAAAAAAAAUGUUAAUAACUCAAUCAUUGAAAAGACUGAAAUUAAUAUUUAACAGUUGCCACAUUCUAACUGUAUAUCUAUUGUGUAAUUAGAAUUUUAGAUUUACUAUAGAUUCUUUGAUUAUAUUAUGUAUAAAUAUACUUCUCAUAUUAUUAGCUAAAAUAAGUUACAAAUACGAUAUAGUGUGAUGCUUUUUGUUUUGUAUCUACUAAUAAAUAGAACAACAUUGUCUUAGUUUUUGUGUAACAAAUAAAUUAUUAGCUGUC